AUGGCUCUACCAAACCAGACAAACUUGGCCAUGGGACCAUGGAAGAUUACAGUUUAUAACCAGGAGAACUUCCAGGGCAGAUGCUGGGAGUUUACUUCCUGCUGUAACAACAUUAUAGAGUACAACCUGGAGAAUAUCCAUUCCCUGAAGGUGGAAUGUGGUGUCUGGGUGGGCUAUGAGAAUUCCAGCUUCAAUGGCCAGCAGUUUGUUCUGGAGAAGGGAGAUUAUCCUUGCUUCGAGGCCUACAUGGGAAGCCACUCCUACAGUGUUAAGAGGAUGAUGUCUUUCCGUCCCAUCUAUUCCGCUUGCCACAAGGAUUCCCGCCUGUGUGUGUGGGAAUGUGAAAAUAUGAAGGGCAGGCAGUGGGAGUUGAGCGGGGACUAUCCCUCUCUGCAGGCCAUGGGCUGGCACAGCAAUGAGAUUGGCUCCAUGCACGUCAAGAGUGGCGCCUGGGUGUGCUACCAGUACCCUGGUUACCGUGGCUACCAGUACAUCAUGGAGUGCAAUCAUCAUGGAGGCGAGUACAGACACUACAGGGAUUUCGGCACCCACGCCCACACGCCCCAGAUACAGUCCAUCCGCAGGAUCCAAGACUGA